UUCGCCGGAUGUGACUCUUGACUUGAAGUUGGGCAGAGAUUCUCAAUGAGUGUUUCGUGUUUGGACUUUUCACGUCUUGAUCAUAUCAGCAAGAAUGGUUUUCUGCAUGUAGCUCGUCGUUUCUUUGUCAUUAUAGAGAGAGAAGGCAGUAAAGGAUUCGUUGGUAGCGAAGUGUGUUAGUUUUCGAGCAGUCUGUGAAAAUGGAUAAUCGUUUCGUUCUCCUAAGUUUGUUGGUUUGUGUCGCAUCCGGAAAAGUCAUCGACUUGGACGAAAGAUUAAAUGAUGAAAAGGUCUAUAAGCAUGGAGGCUCAUGGAUUGUCAUGUUCUACGCGCCGUGGUGUGCAUACUGUGAGAAGAUGAAGCCGGCAUGGGAAGCGACGGCAAAGCACCUAGCUCCUACACCUGUCCACGUGGCGAGAGUGGACCUGACCAAGUACCCCUCUGUGGGUGAACAUCACAAAGUGGAAGGUAUGCCAACUAUAAAGAUGUUCCACGAUGGUGAAGUGUUUGACUACGAUGGAAAGAGAGAUUCUGAGUCCAUUCUGGAGUUUGUCCGGCGUGUCAUGAAUCCUCCUGUCGGUAGUGUGGCUAACCUACCAUCAUUGAAAUCUGUGGAGAAGUCGCAGGAAGUGUUCUUCAUAUUGUCCUUCAGUGCUGGCAGGAGCUCCCAACUCAGGACGCGAUACCAGAAGGUGGCCAGCAACAUGCGUAUGCAAGCAAACUUUUUUGAGACAUCCUCGAAGGAUGUACACGAGAAACUGGACUUGAAGGCAACUCCCAGCCUGGCAGUGUACAGAGAUGGCAGGUCUGUAGUCUAUGACAACAAGAAUCUCACUCAAGAGGCCAUCGAAGAGUGGGUCCAGGCUGAAAGAUACCCUCUGUGUCCUCACCUGGACCAGUUUGGUAUCUAUGACUAUAUCCACACCAAACGACCAGUGGUUGUGACACUAAUUGGCAAGAUCAGGACCAGCAAAGAGCAGAAGCUUGCAGACUACGUUCGUUUCAUUGCUUACGGCUUGAAAUUCUACGGUGACUUCUAUUUUGCUACAACAGAUGAAGUAACACUGCUGCGGAGAAUGCUACUAGAAUAUAUUUCCAAGCCUGCCAUUGUCGCUUGGGACUUUGAGACAAGAACGUACUGGAUCUUUAAGACGGACAAGGAAUCCUUUGAUGACGUUACGCAGGAGGACGUGGAAAACUUCCUUGGGGCGAUCAAGAGUGGAGAAAUUCCUGCGUCCGGUGGGGAAUAUUUCACGCGCCGUUUCUAUCGGAUGCUGUGGCUGAUGGUGGAGAUGGUUAUGGAUGUGUAUGAGACGUCACCCUGGGUGGUCAUUAUGUCCGGAAUUGUCAUGUUCGCCUCGCUUGCCUUCUGUGCCAUGGUGCUGCUCUCGCCGGACCCGGAGAAAGCCAAUGCGCUGGCCUCUGCCCAGAUAGAGCGGGAUCAGCUGCGACGAGAGACACCCGGUGGCUUCUACAACGAUGAGAGCAGUGGCCGUAUACACGAGGAGGACGAGGAUGAAGACGGUAGCGGUGUUGUCGCGGAUGGUGCUGUUUUAGAGCCCGAAGACACGGAUGAACGUUCCGCGGCUGCUAAAGCUAAGGGCAAGCUGAAGCACAGUUGAUGUGUGCGUGUGUGUGCUCUUAGGUGCACCCAUUCUCUAGUUUCUCAUCCUUUCCAGUAGCAGAUGUGAGUCAAUUCACUGCUGCCUGUGCCAGGCUGACCUUUUCAUUCUACAAUACGACGCCUUCCAUCAUACGACAGUGUGCUGCCUGUGGCCAUGCGGUCAUUGCGAGAAGAUGAAUGACCUUGCUCUACACCGAUUUCACACAGGCUUUCGAUACGGUUUACUCUGUUUUUUAUUGUUCGUGCAGUAUAACCAGAUUUUAAGUGAACCAGGCCCGACAAUGAAUUUUUAGUGCACUCCCUGUUGACUGGGGGAUUUUACCUAGGCCCCUCUAGCUGGGACAAUAGUUUUGCUACAUUCGCUGAUGCUAUAGCUGCCUGUAGAUGUGUAUGCAUGUCAACUUUGUAAUACUUUGAAGUAGUACAAUGGCUGUGAAAGCGGUUUUCUCUCGAACUGUUAGGUUUCACACGCUCA